AUGGAGGCCGAUUUGCUCAGUCAAGGAGCCAAGUACGCGGCUGCGGGCAGCUCGCUUCUGCUCAGGCUCAGUGCAUGGAUCUUCUUGCGAUGGAUCCCAGGCCAUCACUUCCCACCUCUUGUCUUCGCCUUUUUCGCCGUCUACGUCCCGACCUUCUUCUACACAUCCUCCCAAACGCCCCCGUAUGAAGUGGUCGCCGACGAUGUCAAGGUUCGUACGAGGGAUGUGAGGCCGAAUGAUGCCGUGGAUCUCGAUCCUCGGUAUGCCAAUGGCGCAACAGACCCAGGCAAAGAGCUGGUGGUGGAAGAGGACAUUGAAGUCGAAAAGAGAGAUCCGGAGAUACUCAAGACACUCUUGACGGGGUUGCCGAGCCCAAGCAGCUCGUUAUGGAGUGCUUUCACGUUUCUGAUCAAUGCGGCUCUCGUGGCCAUGACCUUUGAUCUGGUCUACAGGACGACGUACUUCUACCCUUCGCACGACCUUUCCAUGGCCCGCGUUGGCUACGUCUCCGAUUCUUCAGCCAAGCUUCUGGUCAGAGAGCCAGAUGCACACAAAUACCCCGUGUUCCUAUCAUACCGAUAUGCGGAUGCGCCACUCUGGACUACGGUGGGCUCUGCAUUGCCGGACACGGCCUGGAAAUUUGGAGGCCGUAUCGACUGGCUGGACGAUCGAACUGACUUUACGGGUACCUUUUCGAUUACUGGCCUCAAAUCUGACACGAAGUAUCAAUACUCUGUGAACAAUUAUACGGGCUACUUCACGACUGCUCCACGGAUUGGACAAAUCUCGGCUCGCGAGUCGAACAAGAACCAAUUCACUUUUGUCCACUCCUCUUGCUUGAAACUGAACUUCCCUUACGUUCCCUUCAGAAACCCGCUAUCCGCCCCAGGGCUGAGGCACUUCGCUCAAGCGAUGAAAAACAUCAAGGCACAGUUUAUGCUCUUCUUAGGCGACUUCAUCUACAUUGACGUGCCUCAUCGACACGGUGCCCUGCUCGAAGACUACCGCCGCGAGUACAGACAGGUCUACUCCAGCCCAGACUGGCCAGCUGCCGCCCAAGACCUCCCCUGGAUCCAUGUUUACGACGAUCACGAAAUCCAAAACGAUUGGGACGGCAACACCACCAGCUUCUUCCCAGCCGCAAACGACCCCUACGAGCACUACCACGUCGCGGCGAACCCACCAUCUGCACGCAAAGGCGAGACCUACUUCUCCUUCACUCAAGGUCCAGCAACAUUCUUCAUGCUCGACACUCGCCGCUAUCGCUCGCCCAACGACCAAACCAACGGCUCAGACCCCAUCACCGGCGACGCCACAAAAACCAUGCUCGGCGCCCAACAACUCUCCGACCUCCUCGCCUGGCUCAAACGCCCCGAACCUUCCGGCGUCAAAUGGAAAAUCCUCGUCUCCUCCAUCCCCUUCACGAAGAACUGGUGGUUCGGCGCCCAAGACACCUGGCGAGGCUACCUAGGCGAGCGGCAAAUCAUCCUCGAAGCAAUGUGGGACGUCGGCCUGCGCGGCGGGGUCGGCGUCAUCAUCCUCUCCGGUGAUAGACACGAGUUCGCAGCCACGGCCUUCCCUCCACCACCCGACGGCAAAGAGGAGAUCGUCGGGCUGGGCCUGACAGGCGCCGGCGUAGCGAACCUGCUCAAUACCAACACCAACCCAGCAGCUCCUCUCAAAACCCGCCGCAAACGCUGGCCCCUCAGCGCGACGGUCCAUGAAUUCAGCGUCUCGCCGUUGAAUAUGUUCUACCUUCCCAUCAGGACAUACUCCGAACAAUCAACCUCAGAGGACUACGUCUCGGACGUGUGCAUCAAGUAUCUACCCGAUGGCAAUAGUAAGUUCGGAGCGGUGAGUAUUUCGAAUCCGAGCACGAGCGAUCAGAGCGUGUUGCAUUAUCGGUUGUUUGUGGAUGGGGCGGAGACGUGGAGUUAUACGUUGACGACGCCGCCGGAUGUGGGUGGUGGGGGGAGGAGUAAGGAUGCGAUUUGGGGGUGA